ACAAACAGAAUGUCUUCUUGGAUCUGUAUAUACUGCCAGAUGAUCUGAGGAAUAGCUGCUACCUCAAGAAUGUUUGGUGCUACAAAAUGGCUCAAAUAAAAUCGAGAAUCUUCCAUUUUGUCAUCAUCAUCAUGUUAACAUGUGAGAUCAAAACCCAAAUAUCUGAUGAACGUGAAUUCUUAGUUGACAGGUCAAAAACAGGUCUCACCCACUUUCCCAAGGACCUAUCCCCGAAAACAACAGUCUUAGACAUGUCACAGAACUAUAUAGCUGAGAUUCAGUCUUCCAACAUUCUGUUACUAUCAAAGCUGAAGAUUUUGAUACUUUCUCACAAUAGAAUCCAGGCUCUUGAUAUCAGUGUUUUCAAAUUCAACAGGGAAUUGGAAUAUUUGGACGUGUCCCAUAAUGAAUUGAGGACAAUCACUUGCCACCCUCCGGUGAACUUUAAGCACUUAGACCUCUCCUUUAAUGCAUUUGAUGCCCUGCCCAUCUGCAAGGAGUUUGGCAGCCUGAAUCAACUGGAAUUUCUAGGAUUAAGUGCGACACAGUUACACAAAUCUAGUGUGCAGCCAAUUGCUCAUUUGAAUAUCAGCAGAGUUUUGCUGGUUUUAGGAGACUCUUAUGGGGAAAAAGAAGAGCCUGAUAGCCUGCAAGACCUUAACACAAGGAGUCUGCAUGUUGUUUUCCCCACAAAAAAGGAAUUCCAUUUCUUUCUGGAUGUGUCAGUCAGCACUGCAGUAAAUUUGGAGCUAUCUAACAUCAAAUGUGUGCUGAGUGACAAUAGGUGUUAUUUCCUAGACGUUUUGUCAGAACUUCAGAAGAAAUCAAGGCUGUCACAUCUUACCUUAAAUCACAUUGAAACAACUUGGAAUACUUUGAUUAGAAUCAUCCAGAUUGCUUGGCGCACAAACAUGGAGUAUUUCUCAAUUUCAGAUAUGAAACUACAAGGUCAACUUGACUUCACGAGUUUUGAUUAUUAUACUUCCCUGAAGGUCUUGUCUAUACGGCAAGUUGUCAGUGAUGUGUUCAAUUUUCCACAAAGCAAUAUCUACCAGAUGUUUUCCAACAUGAAAAUCCAAAAUCUCACAGUGUCUGGUACACAUAUGGUCCACAUGCUUUGCCCAUCCCAAAUGAGCCCAUUCUUAUAUUUAGAUUUUUCCAAUAAUCUCUUAACAGAUGUGAUUUUUGAAAACUGUAAAACCUUAAUUGCAUUAAAAACACUUAAUUUAAAAAUGAAUCAAUUAAAAGAACUUGCAAAUAUAAUUCUAAUGACCAAGGAAAUGAAGUCUCUACAACAACUGGAUAUUAGCCAGAAUUCUCUAAGAUAUGAUGAAGAUGAAAACACUUGCUCUUGGGCUGAAAGUUUAUUAAGAUUAAAUAUGUCUUCAAAUAUACUUACUGACUCUGUAUUCAGAUGUUUGCCUCCCAAAGUCCAGGUGCUUGACCUUCACAACAACAGAAUAACCAAUAUCCCGAAGGACGUCGCCUAUCUGGAAUCUUUGCAAGAGCUCAAUGUUGCCUUCAAUUCUUUAACUGACCUUCCUGGGUGUGGUGCCUUCAGCAGCCUUGCUGCCCUCAUCAUGGACCAUAAUUCUGUCUCUCACCCAUCAACUGAUUUCUUCCAAAGCUGCCAGAAGAUUACUUCGCUGAAAGCAGGGAACAACCCAUUCCAGUGCACGUUGACAGCUCAUUUGGAUACAAACAAGGAAAUUGGAGGAAUUCUUCAUGCCAAUGCAUUUGAUAGGAUGCUUAUUAUAUGA